AUGUACGGACUCCAUACAUCCAUCAAGUAUGAGAGGGACAUCUUUAACAACCAGCUCCUGGCCAGUGAGGAAAAGCUUGAGACCAUCACCAAGCUGUGUGAAGAGAAAGAUAAUGCUCUACAGCAGAGUCUGGCUCAAGAGGAGAAACAGCAGCUUGAGUCGGCCAAACUGAAAGACAUCUACGAGCUGAGGAUCCAGGAGCUCAUGGAAGUGAAUAAAGAGAAGGAGGAUUUCCUCAAAGCCCAAUCACCAGUCACCAAAGGAAAGAAAAGACUGAAGAACGAUGACUUACAGCGCCUUGAUGUGGUUGUCACCAGCUGUGAGGCGUGCCACAAGGACGCCACCUGCCGCACGUCUCCUGGCGUCCCUGCGACCAGAACGUGCAGCUGCGGGGACGGCUUCGUGGGCGACGGUCUUACCUGCUACAACCGCACGGCGUGUAGCGGCGACCCGCUCUGCUGUCGCUCGGGCUACCGCUGGUCUACGGAGCGCGGGUGCACGGACGUCGAUGAGUGCGCCUUACCCGGAGGGGCGUGUGCCCCCUCUCUGGUCUGCGAAAACACGCCCGGGUCCUACGACUGCUUGCUGCCACAUGAUGGGUCACAGUCCAAUCAGCAGUCAGGAGCCAGCUCAGAACCACGCCCUGACUCGCACUCUCUGCUGUUCGGCUGCGGGGAUGUUGUGUGCCCGGCGGGGGAGGACUGCGUGAGUGUCGAUGGCACACCCCGCUGCCUGGACCCCUGCCAGCACUACUCCAUACUCAAUCAUCCAUGGCGCGCCACUGACUUUACUGCUAACCACAGCGUGCCGGUGUGUGAUAGCCGAGACGACUGGCACGGCUGGUACCGCCUGUACCUGGGCGAAUCGAGCGUGCAGAUGCCAGAUAGGUGCAUCGAGCGGCACAGGUGCGGGACAGACGCCCCGCUGUGGCUCAAGACCCCUCACCCAGCCGUGCAGGACGGAAUCGUCAAGCGUCGCGUCUGCGGGAGCUGGGAGCAAGGCUGCUGCCAGUUUGAAUCAAAUCCUAUCCACGUCAAAGCCUGUCCCGGAAAUUACUUCGUCUACAAGUUAGUCAGCACUAGCGCCUGUCGACUGGGCUACUGUGCAGACGUCAACACCGCUGUGUGCGGGACCUGCAGGGAAGACGAAACCUGCGUGAGGCAGGACAAAAUCACUUGGAGGUGUGAGAGGCAAGUUGUUUCAGUGGACGGCCAGAUUAGACUGUCUAAUGGAAAUAAUUACUGCUCUGGGAGGGUGGAGAUCUUCCACAACGGCCAGUGGGGAACGGUGUGUGAUGAUAUAUGGGACAUGAAUAACGCUGCGGUGGUGUGCAGACAGAUGGGCUGUGGGAGGGCUGUGUCCGCUCACAGCUCCGCCCACUUUGGACCAGGCAGCGGGCCGAUCUGGUUGGACAAUGUGCAGUGCACAGGCAGCGAAUCCGCUCUCACACAGUGCACACACCUUGGGUUUGGGACACACAACUGUGGGCACGGUGAAGACGCAGGAGUGAUUUGCUCAGAGCCGUCCCCCGUCCCCACCCUGCAGCUGGUGUGCGGGAGGAGCUUCCUGCAGGCGGGGCUUCUCCGGAAUCCCCUGGGAGUUUUGGGCCUGAACGCAUCAUCUGCUCACCUGGCCGACUUCAGAUGCAGCGCACAGGAGAACAGCAGCGCCGUGUGGUUUCAGGUGGAACGCAGGGAGGGCAGCUGUGGGACCCAGCUGAGGACGAAUGGAACCCACGCCGUUUACUCCAACAGUUUGUUUGUCUACCCCGUCACCGAAGAGUUUUCCCACCCUGUGAGCUUUCCGUUUUCCUGCGUGUACCCCCUGGAUGUGAACGCCAGCCUGGGCGUGGCCAUCAAGCCAUUUUUAAAUAUGGAGGAGGUGGGGGUUGUGGGGAUGGGCCCCAGGGCCAGGGCCACCAUGUCUCUCUACCGCAAUGCCAACUACACAGACCCCUACACCACGGGUGCGGUCGUCCUGCCCCUGGGCUCCGCCCUGCAUGUGGGAGUGUCCGUGGAGGAGGCAGAUGUGGACAGGUUUGCCGUCAUUCUGGAAGACUGCUACGCCACGCCCUCCACCGAUCCACAAGACCCUGUGCAGCACUUCCUGAUUCAGAGCAGGUGUCCCAGCAACCCUCGCUUGGUGACAAUAGAAGAGAGCAGGCCCCCCCUCCAGCGGCGUUUCUCCGCCCUGCUGUUCCUGUUCAUGGGAGACUACGAAAACUUCUACCUGCACUGCAGUCUGAGUCUGUGCGAUGACACAGAGGCCACCUGCUCCCAGCUGACCAACAGCCUGCUGGAGAAAUGGCAGCCACUGCUCACCUUCAGCUCCAAUAUCCUCAUUAUGGCAGCGGAAGUGCUAACAAUGUUGAUAUUCGUCUGGCAGACGGUGCUCACUAUCAAGGAAAAGGAUCUAAAAAUCCAAGAAAGAGAGAACCACCUGCUGUCAGCCACCAAGGAGAAUGGAGAGCUGAAGAUUGAGGCACAUCAGCUUGAGCAGGAAAAGCUCAAAAACAGCUAUGAGCAGAGGAUCAAGGAGCUCCUGGAGAUGAGAAGGGAAACAGAGGACUCCCUCAAUGCCAAAAUCCAGGAAAAGGAACUCAUGAUCAAGGAAGCUGACAGUCAGCUGCUGUCAGCAAUGAGUGAGAAUGGGGAGCUGAAGUAUGAGAGGGACAUCUUUAACAACCAGCUCCUGGCCAGUGAGGAAAAGCUUGAGACCAUCACCAAGCUGUGUGAGGACAAAGAUAAUGCUCUACAGCAUAUACUGGCUCAAGAGGAGAAACGUCAGCUUGAAUUGGCCAAAUUGAAAGAGAACUACGAGCUGAGGAUCCAGCAGCUCACAAAGAUAAAUAGAGAGAAGGAGGAUUUCCUCAAAGCCCAAAUGGCUGCAUGCGAGUCCCAAAGAGCCCUUGAGGAAGAGAGGGAGGAGAUGGCCAGUUUUCACAAGCAGAAUCUGUAUCGGGAGGAUUUUGAAAGGCGCAAGAGGGUCCACUCAUCAUUUCGGAAGGAGCAGCAUGAUAUCCAGGGCUCCAAGCAGACCCACGUGAGAAAGUUCAGCCAGGACUAA